AUGUCCGGCCUUGAGCUGUUGGACCACGUCUUCCGGGCCUGCCAAAGUCAUCAGGCCUCAGCCUGGACGCUGCAGGCGUGUGGCCGCGUGCUGGAGUCAAAGAGCCGCCAGGAUUUGGUGCUUCUCUGGGUCUUUCAUCGCACCGCGCAGCCCUUCCUGGAUUCUUUGCGCGCCUGGGCACGGCGUGGAGAGCUGCCGGAUGCGGAGUUCGCCAGCGGCAAGCGCCUCCGCCUCCCGACGUUCCUCCAAUCCGUGGGUGUGGAGGACUUUGCCCACAAGCUGUCCAUCUUGGGUGAGGCCCCAAUCAGCCCCAGAACGGACCGCAAGGUGACCCUGGAUGCCUUCUUCACCACAGCGGAGCAGGAGCAGCGAGCUUUCCUUGGCCGUGGCAGUGAGAAGGCUCCGGUCAUGCCCAGCGGAUCAGAUUCUUGUCUUGCCGUCCUGGUGUCUGCCGAAGACUUCAGAGCCGCGUCCCAUCAGCCCGAGCCAGCGCCGAGGCGGGUGCCCUAUGGACCUUUGCGCACCGCCCUCUUCGCCGCCCCGGCGCAAAACGCGCGGGAGGCGAACGCGGCCAACGACGCACGACGGGCCAAAGAGGCGGCAUGGGCAGCAGAGGCGCAGGGUGAAAAGGCCCGGCGCCAGCUGGCCUACCGCCAAGCCCUAGACGAGCAGGUGCUGGAGAAGAGCUCCGCUUCGCAAGCACUGAAGCGGUCUGAGGUCGAGGCGGCCGCGCGGGAGCGCCCGCUCCUGGACGUGGAGGACCGGCUUCUGCAGGCGGAGCGCCACAAGCUGGAAGCGGAGCAUUUGGAGCGGCAGAGGCAGACGGAGCAGGAGGCCCUGCUGCUGCGGUGGAAGUUGGAGCGCUUGAAGCUGGCGCCAAAGUUGCGGCAGGUCUUUGCCAAAGAAGCCGAGGCCUUCGACCGCUACUUGCGCGGCUUCGCUCCGAACCUAGAGCAACCCGUCGGGGGACCGGCUCGGCGGCUUGAGGUGCCGCGCAUGUGGGGGCCGGUGGUCAACCCCUUUGAUCGCACCUCGGCCAUCCAGGACACCCCAAUGAGCCAGGUAGGAGCAGCUGGUUCUGCUGCGAGUGCGGAGCUGCUGGACCAAGAACUUCAGUUGGUACGGCAGGUGCUACGUGGGGUUUACAGCGCCUGUGCCCAACCAGAAAGGAGACAGGCGCCAGUGCGCCUCGAACUCGAACCCCCUGACUCCCCGGACUCGGCGGACUCAGCGGACUCCGACGCGGCCAGAGCCUCGACGGCCGCGGCGGCGCCGCCGCGGCCUUUGCAGUUGGAGGUGGACAGCUUUGCGGAGGGUCGGCCGGCGCUGGGCCAAAAGGCGCCCUACAGCCGCGCCAUCUCGGAGGACGCCGCGGCGGCCGCGCGGGGCGCCGUGCCGCUGGACGCCAGCCUGGAGAAUUGCCUCAUUCGGCCCCUGCGCCUGCAGUCGCAGUGGCUUGAUGCGGCCGUUGCCAGGAAGGUGGUUCUGGAGCUUGGCCUGGCUCGGCGCGUCCAGCUGUUGAGGCGUUACCUCCUUAUGGGGGAGUCUCGGCUGCUGGAGCCUUUCCUCACGGAGGCGAUCCUGCGCUAUGCCACCCUCCGGGGUGAGGAGGCCAGCAACGCCGAGGCUGUGCUGGACACGCUCUUCCAGUCGCUGGUGCCCCGGCCAACGAAGCCAGAGGACGACCAGUUCCUCAGCAGGGUGACCUUGCACCUGGGUUCCUUGCCCUCGCCUAUAGGGCAUGGGCCUGUGCGUCUGCUAGAUGGCAUCAGGUUCAGCCUUCAGCUGGACUUUCCCAUGAGCCUCUUCUUUGACCGCCUGAUGCCGCAGUAUUCCAGGCUCUUCCGCAUCAUCGCGCUGGUGAAUCACACGCUGGAGUGCCUGAAGCGCAGCUGGUUGUUCCUGGCCAGCUACGGGAAGAUGUCUUCAGGAGCCCUGCGAGGCAUUGCCUCCCUUCGCCACGGUCUUCAUCACUUCGCCUCGACGCUGCACCGGUACCUUCUGGUGGGAGUGGUGGCAGCUGAAUUCGAGCGCUUGGAGAACAAGAUCCUCGGAGCGACGUCCCUGGACGAGAUCCUGGAGGCGCACCGGAACUGCCUGGGCCGGUGCCUGGCCAAGUCCUUCCUGGAUGCUGACUCGCAGGAUGCCUUGGCUGCGGUGGUCGGGAUCCUGGACCAGGCACUGCAGCUGCAGCACGUCUUGGAGGAGGCGGAUGUGGACGGCGCCUUUCCUGCCCUCAGACUGCGGGCCAUUGAGGCGGCCUUCCGAGAUCUCAGGAGGAGCCUCAAGGUGUGUCGACCAGACGGAGGCAUCGAGUUCCAUGUGGCCGAAGAGGACUUCUUUGAGGCGUGGCUGCUCUGCUGGUUCACAAGAACUCUGACAGGAGAGGCUUGUAAGGAUGCUAGCUGA